CCAUAUUUUCCAAAUUCAUCAGACCCCAAAAGAACAUCUCAUUGAUCGUCUUCCCAACAUGAUGAAGAUCGUUCGAAAACCUUAUCUAAACUCUGCCCUUUGGGGCAUUCUUUGUGUCAUAUUAUUGUCCAAACCCUCUCACCAACAAAUUCCAUUCCCUCCAUACUUUGUCCCAAACCCAAGGCUUGAGAAAGCAUACAUAGCCCUCCAAGCAUGGAAGCACGCGAUCACCAACGACCCGAAGAAUCUCACGGGCAACUGGUGCGGCCCCGAAGUGUGUAACUACACCGGUGUCUACUGCGCCCCUGCCCAAGAUGACUCGAACAUCACCACUGUUGCCGGAAUAGACCUGAACCAUGGGAACAUUUCGGGUACUCUCGUGGAAGAGCUCAGCUUACUAUGUGACAUCGCUUUGUUCCACUUGAACUCGAACCGCUUCAUUGGGACCAUACCUAGUUCGUUCCGCGAUCUCAAGCGCCUUUAUGAGCUUGACGUGAGCAACAACAAGCUGUCGGGAGGGUUCCCAUCGGUCCUUCUCAAGAUUCCUUCGCUCAAGUACCUUGAUAUUCGGUACAACCGGUACUCCGGUGACAUCCCCACGAAAGUUUUUGAUCUGCAGCUUGAUGCGCUCUUCAUCAACAACAACAACUUCACCUCGUCCUUGCCGCAAAAUAUCGGUAACUCUCCCGUAUCUGUCAUUGUCCUCGCGAACAACAACUUCAAUGGUUGCCUUCCCCCAAGCAUAUCAAAGAUGGCAGCGACAUUGAAUGAGGUUGUCAUCAUCAAUUCCGGCCUAACUGGGUGCCUGCCGCCGGAGAUUGGGGCCUUGAACCAAGUCACAGUCUUCGACGUUAGCUCCAACAACCUCGUCGGGAAGUUGCCCGACACGAUCGGCCAGAUGAAGAGCCUAGAGCAGCUCAAUGUGGCUCACAAUAAAUUAUCCGGUGAAAUCCCCGAGAGCAUUUGCGCCUUACCAAAGCUUGAGAACUUCACGUACUCGGACAAUUACUUCUGCACCGAGCCACCAAUCUGCCUCAAAUUGAAAGACAUGGACGACAAGAAGAACUGCAUACCCAACAGGCCGAAGCAGAGGCCACUGGAGGAAUGCGCGGCUUUCUAUAUGCAUCCUGUUGAUUGUAGUUCGUACGGCUGUUGGCCCAAGAGUCCGCCACCGCCACCGCCACCACCUCCUCCUCCAACCCCGCCACCACCACCUCCUCCAUCUCCUCCUCCGCCACCGGUUCACCACUAUCUGUGAUCAAGUAACAGCCAUUGUAGGAGUCAGACCUUCUCUGUUUACCGUCUCUAAUGCACCGGUGUUUACUUGUAAAGGAGUCGGGUGGGAAAAGGUGUACAAAAAAAAAAAAAGAAAAAAAAAGAAAAAAAGAAAAAAAGUCAGGAUACUUACAAAAUUUGCAAUUUAUAAUCGCAUUUUUCUUUUGUCAUUUUGUUUGGAGUCUCCUAAUUUAUAUACUCACGAAACGAUAUGUAUCGCCUCACGGAAAUCCUUUAGGAAAUAAAAGAAUAAGCGCCUGAAGUGUCUUGAUUGCA